AUGGAAAUGCAGCAAUUGCUUCUUGUUUUACUUGUUUGUAUCUCAUGUAGUUUUGCGAGUCCCGUCCAAAGACCUCUCGUAUCCGGCGAGGAGUUAGACUGGGCAGCAGCAGACUGCUCAUCAAGUGUCAGUGCGAAUGGAAUCGGCAAUAACACAAUUUGCAUCCAAAAAGUCUGGGAUCCGGUGAUUGACGCAGACAUCAAUGGAGCUCCUGUUAGCAACCAAUUUUGCGGUUAUAUGAUUCCUGCCGGGGCUGGCAAAAGCCCAGUUAAGCUCUUCUUCUGGGUGGUGAUGAGCGAGACUGACCCAACGAAAGACCCUGUCGUUCUAUGGAUGAAUGGAGGGCCAGGAUCCUCAUCUCUUUAUGGUCUGUUCAAUCAAUGGGGACCAAGAAUAAUCAACAGAGCUCGAACAGAUGCUAUUGAAUUUAUAGCAAAUCCGUCCCGGAUGACUGAAAAAUUAACUUGGGUAUUCCUUGAGCAACCAUCGGGGGUAGGCUAUUCUAGGGGAAGAGCGAAUGUAAAAGACAGCAAGACUGCAGCAAUAGACAUCUCAACAUUCAUUAGCACUCUGUUCCUUCCAUCCACUGUAUUCAAGUACCAUGGAGCCCAGAUUUCCUUCCAAGGACGGGACUUCCAUAUCGCUGGAGAGAGCUAUGCAGGGCAUUGGAUCCCCGCAGUUGGAAGUUACAUGGUCAAGAAAAAGAAACUUGCCAAUAUCUCUCUCAAGUCAUUCAUGAUCGGUAAUCCAUGGACCGAUGCAGCAUUGGCAGGCGACGCCACGUUUAAGUUGUUCUGUGGUCCUGUACCGCUCGUCACUCUCCCAGGGGCAGAUCCUGCAGAUAUACGGAGUAAUUGUUCUCAGAUGCCGCAAUGGAUCAGCGACUGCCAAAAGGCAAUCGCAGAGUGCAGGCGACCGGACAGAAAGAAGCCUUGUUCAUAUUACGGGGCGUGUCAAGAUGCUUGGAGCGAGACAUGGGCAGCUAAGUUCGGCAGGAAUAUUUACGAUGCAGCUGAAACUCAAGCUAGUCUUGAGGCAAGCAACAAAUUCUUGAAGGACAAAUGGACGCCUUUCAUGAAUGAACCCACCCAAAUCCAGGAUAUCCUGAAUGCAGGGUUUGAUUUCUUGUUGUACGCUGGCGAUCAAGAUCUCGUAUGCCCCUUCACAUUGGUGAAGGAUACAGCUUUGAACACCGUGUGGACCGAAGCUGAUCCAGAUCCAGCACUUGUUACCAAGACAGCGAAAUUCCGGAAAUGUGCUGGUCGUCCGGAGACAACAUAUAAGAAAUUGAGUAGCCCAACUUCACCUGGAUAUGCAAGUUAUGUACGAGCUGGGCGCUUCUCUUAUGCCAGAGUCUCCGGUGCUGGACACAUGGUGAAUGAGAAGAAGGGGCCAGAGGCCAAACACAUGCUUGAGAAUUGGAUACUCAAUCGGGCUAUGUUCCAGGAAUGUGAUCCUGGGCCAUAA